AUGAGCUGGUUCCGAAACCUGCAAGGGCAACUAUCUGAGCUCGCCAAUGAAGUCCUCAGUGAAGCCACAGAUGAGGUCGCAGACCCGGAAACAGAGCUGCAGGUGGCGAACAAGAAGCGUAAUGAAGCCGAGCGUCAGCUUGUAAUAGAGCAAUCGAAAGUGAGUAAAUUAGAAGAAAAGGUGUUGGAACAAGAGCACAUGUUAUCUGCACAUCAAAGCGAACUCGAAAUGCUGACUGAGCGUCAUCGGACGAUGAUCCUUUCAAGAGAUGAGGAAAUAAAAAAGCUUAAGAAUGAACUGGAGCGGUUACAGCUCGGGGAGUGGCAGUCUACAGAUGUUGAUACUGGAACAAUGGAGCAGAAUAUACUAGAUUUACAACGAGAAGUCAGUCAUUGGAAGUCAUUGGUUGAGAUGGGACAUGAUAAGGAUUCCGCUGGUGAGCUGGAACAGCGUCUAGAGGAGGAGCGAAGACGCAAGGAGGAGGAGAUCACAUCUCUUAUGGAACUACACUCGCGCAAUUUGAAUGAAAUGAGGGAGAUGUACGAAGAAAGGAUUAGUGCAUUGGAGGGUGUAGCAUCAUCUUCAACCAGCAAUACCGACGUGUUGGAUGCCGUGUUGUUGGAGAAGGAAGAAUUACUGGAUACAAAACGAAAACUUGAAGAAUUGGUGCGUCAGCGGCCCUCCACUGCUAGUGCCUCAGCGGGAUGUGAUGAUCGCAUGGAAGUACUGGACUUGGUCGAGAGAUCAGAGCUUACGGAACUGGAAGAAAAGUUGCGAGAAGCUCAAGCCGAGGUGGUACAGAUUCAACACGAGGAGUUGACCCAAGCAUACAAUGAUUUGAACGAGGAGUUUGAAAAGUACAAAGAGCUGACCGCCACUACUGCACAGGAUAACAAUAAUCAAGAUCUUACUCGACGAAUAGAUCUCUUGAAAGCGAGUCUCAUCGAAUACGAGGAGCGGUACGAGAUGUGUAAGCGCGAAAAUCAGGAAACCGUCGCUCAACUGGAGAGGCUUUCUGGCGAAUUUGAAAGAUUGAAGUCAGGGUUUGCUGAUGUCCGUGAACAGAACAAGGACGCAGAUGUGUCCGGCGAAGUGGAUCGUCUCCGCGCUGCUCUAGAACAAGCGAAAACCGAUCGUGAUCGCCUGCGUUCUGACGUCGAUCGGUUCCGAUCUACAGUAGAAGGGAUCGACACAGAGCUAGACAUGCUUAGGUCUUCGAAUCGAAAUCUCUGUGAAGAGAACGAGAAAAUGGCUGCUGUAAUAGAUCGUUAUACCAAAUCGCUGAAUGAUAACAUUCAAAGAAGUGAAAAUUCCGCAAACGAGAGCGAUGCCCAGGGUAGCUCAUCGUUGAGUCAAGUCCAGACGGCUGCCGUCGACAAUUUAAACCGUGAACUUCGAGAGGAAGUCACUAUGUUACAGGAACGGAACAGGCUUUUGGAGGAGCAUAGGGAGGAACUGCAAACAUCUCUGAAGGCUCUACAGGGGAAAGUCGAUGGAGGUCGCCAAGAUCAAACCUCGCAAACUAACGAGAUUGCGGAUGAGGUUUCGGCUCUCACUGCUCAGCUACGUGAAGCCUUGGCAGCAAAUGCGGAGAAAACGGAGGAAUGUGAAAAACUCAGACAGCAGGCAGAUGAUCUGGAAAAAGAAGUCACGCUGCGACAAUCGUGCGUAGAUGAGAUGAUAGCUCAAACAAAUGCCUUACAAGUGCAACUGCAGCUUGCAGCAAAAGUUAAUCUUCAACUCAAGCAACAGAUCUUGGAAAAAGAUCGCUCGUUGAAUUCGAUGAGUGAAGAAUUGAAUCGAAAGCAGCCGGAAUCUACCCGCCAUGAUCCUCAUUUUGAACAGCAGUCAUAUCCUCCCCAGGAGGUGGACCAAGAGAAGGAAGAACUUUCUGGAAAGAUAGAACAGCUCAACGCGGAAUGCGCCAGACUGAAAGAGGCUCUCACAAAGGCUGAAAACCAGAUAUGUGAAAGCGAAAGCGCCCUGAAUACGAUUACGACUGAAAACAAUCAACUCCGGCAGGUCGCCACCCAAAAACACGCCGAAAGUGUGGAUUAUUUCGCUCGAUUAGAAGCAGCUGUUGCUCAAAUAGCCGUAUUGGAGCAGAAAUUGGCCGAUAGCCAGCGGCAAGCUGAAGAGUCGUUAGCGAAUGAGCGCGAAUCUCGAGAGAAGUUGUCGCGAGAAUUGCAACGGCUCAAGGACCAUCUUCUUCUAGUCGAGGAAACAUCCACAGUUGAGGCAGUAGAGGCCGAAAAGCGAGAAACGGAGCUCAGAGAGCAGAUUCGCCGUCUGGAGAGCACAGUUGUUGCUGCUGACAGCGACGCUGCAAAAACGACGUUGUCCAUGCAGAGCGAGUUGUCUUCAUUACAAGAGCGGGUUGUUGUUGCGGAAGAGUCGGCUGUAGACUGGAGAUCGCGAUAUGAAGACGAAAAACGUCAACAUUUCGAAACAAACGAUGCUCUGGCAAGCUUGCAGGAAGUAGUACGCGAACUGUCGGCUGACCACGAACGGGAGGCUGCCAGUGCUUCCCAUAGGAAUAUGCAGCUACAAGAAAAUAUCCGAGAGCUGACGGCGACAGUUGAAAACCUUCGUGCUGAAAUGGAGCGACUAUCCCUUGAUAAGCAGACAGUUGAGGAUCUGCUGGAAUCGGCUAAGAGCUCGCUUAACGCUCGGCAGAAGAUUGUCGAGGACCUCGAGGUCCAACUAGAAGAGCUCAGGGCUUCAUCGCGACAGUCGGCUGAAAGUUACCGCAUCGAUGACGUGACCUUGCGACAGCUUUUCCUAAGUUAUUUCACCGCAGCUCCAGAUAAACGGGCGGAUAUCGCUCUUCUGCUGGCAAGUAUUCUCCAGUAUCCACCCGAAGAUGUACAUAAGAUUCGGCAAGCGAUCAGCGGCAGAAGCCCUCAACGCCAGGGAAACCAGACUGGGAGUGUUUCGCUGGCUGAGCAGUUCAUUCGAUUCCUGGAAAACGAGUCCGAGUCAGCAAGCACAGCUCCUCAUCUUCCUGUGGUACCACAAGGACCGACUCCAGGACCGUCUAUCGCACCGCCGCCUAUUGCCUCACCCAUUGUGUUUCAUCACAGACAUGUGGAAGAAGUCGAUAGAACAAUUUCUAAAUCCAACAACACGAUUUUCGGAUACCAGUCGACGUAG